CGAAAUAGCAUUACGUACUGGAUACAACUUUGCUUUACUUCAAGUUAAUUAAACAUACUAUCACGAUUUGCUACGUUUUGAUUACGUCAUUUUUAAUUAAUUAACAGGUGAUUCAUUCUUGCAGACGCUUUAUAAAAGUUAAAAUAGGGAGGUGUUUCAAACAUCGUGCGCCUUAAAAUAGAGAAUGGCAAACUAUUCAAUAAUUCUAUUUAUUUAAUUAGAAAAAACCAACGGUAUAUCCUGCCAGCUAUUUUAACGCGUCUGAAGAUGCAGAAAUGUUAAGGGCUGCUAUGAAAGGGUUGGGCACCGAUGAAGACAUCAUUAUUAAUAUUCUUACAACAAAAUCAAAUGCUCAAAGGCAAGAAAUUGCCAAAUAUUUCAGCGAAGUACUGGAAAGGGAUCUGGUUGAAGACUUAAAAGGCGAACUGGGAGGUCAUUUUGAAGAAGUAGUAACGGGACUAUGCCUUGAACCCAAUGUCUACUUAUGUAGACAUUUAAAUAAAUCAAUGGAAGGCAUGGGAACUGAAGAUCUAACUCUUAUCGAAAUUCUAUGUUCUCGAAACGCAAACGAAAUACAAGAACUUGUCGAAACUUAUGAAAAUCUUUACGGUCGACCACUAGCCGAACACAUGUGUAGUGAAACAUCAGGUGACCUAAGGAGGCUAUUGACCUUGAUUGUAACAGGUGCAAGAGACAAGAGCAAUGAAAUGGAUCGAUCCAGAGCCAGAGAACAAGCGGAAGAAUUGUAUGCAUCUGGAGAAGGGAAAUUAGGAACUGAAGAGAGCGUCUUCGGUAAAAUUUUAGCCCACGAAAAUUAUGAUCAACUUCAGGCAAUUUUUGACGAAUAUAAAGAUGUUUCGGGGAAUACCAUAGAGCAAGCGCUUAAACACGAGUUAGACGGUGAUUAUUUGGAAGCAUUACUGGCUAUAGUUGAAUCUGUUCAAAGUACGCCUAAUUAUUUUGCAAAAAGACUUCACGAAGCCAUGUCAGGAAUGGGAACAGACGAUGCAACGCUGAUACGAAUUAUUAUUAAUAGAUCAGAGAUCGAUUUAGGGAAUAUUAAAGAAGAGUUUGAAAGAAUAUACGAUAAAACGUUGUCGAGCUACUUAUGUCAGGGUGAAACUACUGGAAAUUACAAGAAGGCUUUACUGGCACUCAUCAAUUAAGAUCCAGGAGUAUGGGAAAUAUUUGUUUUUGAAUCAUUCGUUUAUGUAGAAUGUAUUUGCACUUAAAAAAGCUUAAGUGUAAGAUUUAGACCACAUUACCUGAACUGCACAAAUUAUAUAAAUGUUUGUGAUGUUAUGAUACUUUUGGCAAAUAUCAAAUAUGUAAAAGA